ACCAUAUUGUUGUUUAUAGCCUCUUCUUAUUUACGAUUUGUGAGCUUGUGAAGAUUUCUUGGUAGAAUUAGAGUUCUCUGUUUCGAGAUCGAAAUGAAUAAUAAUAGAGGAAGAUUUCCACCGGGGAUUGGUGCGGCGGGUCCGGAUCCUAAUUUUCAGUCACGGAAUCCGAAUCCGAAUCCGAAUCCUCAUCAACCUCAGCCUCAACAGUACCUUCAGUCACGGACUCCGUUUCCACAGCAACCUCAAACUCAGCCUCCACAGUAUCUCCAGUCUCAACCUGAUGCUCAGCAGUAUGUUCAACGAGGUUAUCCUCAGCAGAUUCAACAACAACAGCAACAGCAACAACAACAACAAUGGUCUAGACGCCCUCAGCUUCCUGGUGAUCCAAGUUAUGUAGACGAAGUCGAGAAAACGGUUCAAUCUGAAGCUAUAAGCGAUUCUAAUAAUGAAGACUGGAAAGCAACCUUAAAGCUGCCACCACGAGAUAAUCGUUACCAGACAGAGGAUGUGACUGCCACUAAAGGAAAUGAAUUUGAAGAUUACUUUUUGAAGAGGGAUCUUCUUAGGGGAAUUUAUGAAAAGGGUUUUGAAAAACCAUCUCCGAUUCAGGAAGAAAGCAUUCCAAUUGCUUUGACUGGCAGUGAUAUUCUUGCUAGAGCCAAAAAUGGGACUGGGAAGACUGGUGCCUUUUGCAUUCCUACCCUUGAGAAAAUUGAUCCGGAGAACAAUGUCAUUCAAGCCGUAAUCCUGGUUCCAACCAGAGAGCUGGCCCUUCAGACAUCCCAGGUUUGCAAGGAGCUUUCGAAAUAUUUGAAAAUUGAGGUUAUGGUCACCACUGGCGGUACCAGUCUGAGGGAUGAUAUCAUGCGAUUGUAUCAACCUGUCCAUUUGUUGGUUGGAACUCCUGGAAGAAUAUUAGAUCUUGCCAAAAAGGGUGUGUGUGUUUUGAAAGAUUGUGCGAUGCUUGUAAUGGAUGAGGCCGACAAGCUUUUGUCUGUAGAAUUUCAACCAUCUAUAGAGGAGUUGAUACAGUUCUUGCCAGAGAACCGUCAGAUUCUGAUGUUUUCGGCUACAUUUCCUGUCACUGUGAAGUCUUUCAAGGAUCGAUAUCUCAGGAAGCCUUACAUUAUCAAUCUCAUGGAUCAGCUCACACUUAUGGGUGUUACCCAAUAUUAUGCUUUUGUUGAAGAGAGACAGAAGGUGCACUGCCUUAACACGCUAUUCUCUAAGCUACAAAUAAACCAAUCCAUUAUCUUUUGCAACUCUGUUAAUCGUGUUGAGCUGUUGGCCAAGAAAAUAACAGAACUCGGUUACUCAUGCUUCUAUAUCCAUGCAAAGAUGGUUCAAGACCAUCGGAACAGGGUUUUCCAUGAUUUCCGCAACGGUGCAUGCAGAAAUCUUGUUUGCACUGAUUUGUUUACACGUGGGAUUGACAUUCAAGCUGUGAAUGUGGUCAUAAAUUUCGAUUUUCCUAGGACUUCUGAGUCGUAUCUACAUAGGGUAGGCAGAUCAGGACGAUUCGGACACCUUGGGUUGGCUGUGAAUUUGGUAACUUAUGAGGACCGCUUCAAAAUGUAUCAGACUGAGCAAGAACUUGGAACCGAAAUCAAGCCAAUACCUUCACUUAUCGACAAGGCAAUCUACUGUGUAUUGAGGAGGCAAAUCAUUCAGCUUUGGCAGCCACUAGCUCGUUCUAGAGAUGAAGGCAACACACAGAGUACUGUACUGAGGCAAGAAGUGGCAGUAUAGGUGGUUGAUGGCGAUGGAAGCGGUUGAUUGUAUCUAAACCUUUAAAGCAGUACCGGCUUGAUUUGUUUUGGUUUGAAGACUUCUUCUGCUGCAUGAUAUGAACCUUAAAGUUGUCUUCUCUCAUCUCUAAUUUUCAUGUUCUAAGAAACCUUUUGCCUUUUC